AUGGCUCGUCUUAAUAUGAGUGAACGCCAACUCCGUGAGCAGUCAGAAGCACUGCGAUUAGAGAAGAAGCAACUUCAGAACGAGCUCACUCAGGCUCGUAGAGAUUUGAACCAAUCUCUUAGAAACCAAGCCGAAGCUCAAGUCAUACACGAAGACGAUGUCAACGAGCUUCGUGAGGUUCGAGCUGCAUUGGCCGCAAUUCGAGUAGUCGUGGGAGGAUAUGGAGGAGGCCGAGGCAUUCACGCAGCAAUGGCUGGAGUCCAGUGCACGGUGUGUCUUCAGGAGUUCACCGGACCCAAAGGAAACCGAGUUCCUAAACUACUGCCCUGCGGUCAUACAUUCAGUGAAAGAUCGAGAGUCUCACGCAGGGGAACAGGGUUCGGUGCCAGAGUGUCUACUGAGAAUGCCGCUACCGCCAUUCAUAAUAAUUUUAUAUUGUUUAACAACCAGUAA